UUAGUAAAAAAUAAGCUGCUACGCAGGGGCACCAAAGAGGAUUACAUUCAUACAGGUUCCUUUCAAGAAGCCAUACGACCAGUCCUGAUUCUAGCUCAAAUAUUCGCCAUUAUGCCUUUGGCGGGUGUUACAUCCAACUCAGCGUAUGAUUUAAAAUUUUCCUGGCGUUUCAUACGCACUUGGUAUUCAGUGUUGAUCAUCAUUUGUUUUUCCUUUUUCAUGGGUAUUACUGUUGCAUAUGCCUUUCGUGAUGCCUUUAACUUUGAUUCAGUGGAGGGUUUAAUAUUUUUUUCGUCGAUUUUUUUCAUUGCCUUAACAUUUUUCAAUAUGACCCGCAAAUGGCCACCGUUAAUGCAACAAUGGCAACAAGUUGAAAAUAGUUUGCCACAACAGCGCACGGAAAUGGAGAGAUCAUGGUUGGCUCAUAAAAUCAAAAUGAUUACAUUGGUGGCAAGCAUUUGUUCAUUGGGAGAACACAUACUUAGCAUGCUGAACAUAAUCUACUAUGUCAACCGAUGUCCCACCUUCAAAAAUCGUCCCAUAGACAGUUUUUUAUACUCAAAUUUCGGUCAAUUUUUCCACUUCUUUGAAUACACCACCUUGGCGGGCGUAUUGGGUAAAAUUAUAAAUUUAUUUUCAACAUUUGCCUGGAAUUUUAACGACAUAUUUUUAAUGUGUAUCUGUGUGGCUUUGGCAUCAAAAUUUCGUCAACUUAAUGUUUAUAUGGCUUCACAUUUGAAAAAGCCCACCACAGCAACAUUUUGGAUGGAGUGCCGCAAAAACUAUCGCCUGUUGUGUAGGCUAAAUGAAUCGGUGGACAAUACAAUUGCACUCAUUACCAUGUUGUGUCUGUCCAAUAAUUUGUAUUUUAUUUGUAAUAAAAUUUUGAAAAGUUUACAAAAGAAGCCCUCAUUUACGCACACUUUGUAUUUUUGGUAUUCAUUGGUUUUUCUGUUGGGACGCACCUUUACCUUGGCUUUAUAUGCUGCCGAAAUCAAUGAAGAGUCUAGAAAACCUUUGGUCAUAUUUCGUAAAGUUAAACGUGAAUUUUGGUGUCCUGAGCUCAAACGAUUUUCCGAAGAAGUCAAUGCUGAUAUGAUUGCUUUAACGGGUAUGAAAUUGUUCAAUUUAACGCGCAACAUGGUUUUAUCAGUGGCUGGUACGAUUUUGACUUAUGAACUGGUCCUGUUGCAAUACAACACGAAGUCUCUCAUUAGUGACUGCGCUAAAACUUAA